UAAUGCUGAUGAGCAAGCGAAAACUAUAAACUAUUAAAGCCAACAACUAACACAACGCCUUCAUUUCAAAAUUAUAAACAACAAAGUAACACACCUUCCAAAACAAAACAAAAAAAGAACUAAAAAGUUGACAGUCUUCGAGCAUCAAGGGAACAGCUGUAUACAUUUUCAUUGAAAAUCCGCUAACUGAAUCAAUUCAGGCUUCAUACAAGCGGAAUUUGUAAACAAAUUUUAAUGGAGGCGAUAAAAGGCGCAUUUGACGGCAGUCAAUUACUGACUCUAUUCAUAAUGCAUUAGCAACACCUUGCUGAAUGACGAUCGUGAAACUUUAUUGAAUCAUGAGACCAUUGGACGUCGCUUACCGACUAUUGCCGGGCAUCAAAUGGUUGCAUGGCUAUACGGCGCAAGAUGCUAUAGCCGAUCUGAUUGCGGGCAUUACUGUGGGUCUAACGGUAUUGCCACAGGGUCUGGCCUAUGCAACAUUGGCCGGGCUGGAACCACAAUAUGGCCUGUACUCUGCAUUUAUUGGUGGCAUUGUUUAUGCCUUUUUGGGCUCCUGCCGACAAGUUACUAUCGGACCAACAGCAUUGCUGGCGCUAAUGACCAGCCGGCAUACGAGCUUCGGUUUGAACUCAGGUCCAGCUUAUGCGAUAUUGCUUUGCUUGAUCUCGGGAAUUGUUGAGUUUCUAAUGGCUGUGCUGCGCUUAGGCGCACUUGUGGACCUAAUUUCACUGCCAGUUACCGUGGGUUUCACCUCAGCGACAGCGGUCAUAAUUGGCACCUCGCAGUUGAAAGGCCUGCUGGGUAUUCGCGGCGGGGGUGGCGGUUCAGGCUUUUUGAAAACCAUGCAAUCGGUUUUCACCAAUUUGGACAAUAUUCGCUACGGCGAUUUUACAUUGGGCAUCAUUGCAAUCACCAUACUGCUCCUGUUGCGGAAACUGAAAGAUGUCAAAAUACCCGGCCGUCGUGUACUCAGCGGCACACUUUGGGUCAUUGCAACGGGUCGCAAUGCCUUAAUUGUGCUCAUCGCUAGUAUUUUAGCAUACAACACAUGUGAGACACGCGAGUCAUGUCCGUUUGUCUUGACGGGGAAAGUAAAGAGCGGCUUUCCAGACGUUGAAGUGCCCAAAUUCCAUACCACAAUACAGCUACCAAAUGGCACUGCGAUCGAACAGGAUUAUGUGGAUAUGCUUAAAGAGCUUGGACCCUCCAUGCUUAUAUUGCCCAUAAUCGCGGUGCUGGGAAAUGUUGCCAUAUCGAAGGCUUUCAGCAGUGCUGGCAUAAGCCCGACACGUGAAUUGAUUGCGCUUUCACUCUCCAAUGUUGUCGGUUCGUUUUUCUCUUCAAUGCCGGUUACUGGCUCUUUCUCACGCAGUGCUGUGAAUCAUGCGAGUGGUGUGCGUACACCCAUUGGUGGUUUCUACACCAGUGCUCUGGUGUUAUUGGCGCUCGGCUUGCUGGCACCCUACUUCCAAUACAUUCCAAAAGCGGCAUUGAGCGCAGUCAUCAUAUCGGCGGUGAUAUUCAUGAUCGAAUUUGAGGUCGUUAAACCACUGUGGCGCUGCAGUCGUCGUGAAUUGCUUCCCGGCGCCAUCACAUUCGUCGUCAGUUUGGCAAUUGGCGUGGAAAUCGGCUUGCUGUUGGGUGUGGGAGUAGAUGUGGCGUAUUUGGUGUAUCGCGCCGCAAGGCCAGCACUUAGCGUAUCCAAAUUAAGGACCACCAACGGCACUGAGUACAUUCUCAUGCGUCCCAUACACAGUUCGCUCUACUUCCCAGCUAUCGAGUGGGUGCGUACGGGUAUCUCAAAGGCUGUGGCUAUGCAUGGCAGUGCGCCGGUUGUGUUGGACUGUGCCAAUAUGCAUGAGCUCGAUUUUACGGUUGCGCGCGGCAUGGGCGCUUUGCAUAAAGAAUUGGCAAGCAAUUCUGUGCCACUCUUUCUAAUGAAAGCUUCGAAAGAGAUCAGCGUAAUACUGAAAGAGUCUACAAAUUGUGAAUUUCCAACUAUAGAAUCCCCAGAUGAUUUGGAAUAUAUAUUGGAUAACACGGCAUCGAUCGAUGAUCAUCGUUUGCAAGUUACCAUUCCACUAAUUUCCGCACGUACCAAAUUAAAUGGUGGUGAUUCAACGACAAUUGAUGGCGGUGGCGGUGGCGGAUGCCUGUAGAGUUGUUUAAUUUUGAUAGAAUAUGAAAAUUUUUGAAUUUUUUAGACAAAGAAAUUCAACUAUAUAGCAUGUAUGUUUGUAUAUUUAAUUAAAUAUUUUGAGAACUCUCUCAGUGGGGGAAAGAAUUCUCUCUGCAACAAUUUUGGCUAAUGCUGUUAUAAGUAUUUCCAUAUGGAAAUGUAUGUGUAAACACAUAUUAUACACAAAUCUUUACAUCUGUAUUAACUGAAUCUUGCAAAAAGAUGCUGUUUUGUAAUGUUUUAAUUUAAGUUUUGAAAAAGCCUUUAAAAGGCCAUCUUUUAAUUCCAUGACGUUUUAAGGGGUUGAGGGUCAGAGGCCCGAAAAAAUGAUGAUUUUCAAUAAUUUGUUUUGUUAGUCAAUUGCUUUAUUUUACAAUUAUAAAAACAUAGCAAUUAUACAUCAUGUUUUGACUUGACGUAAGCAAAAUUUCAAAAAAAAAAAAAAUUAUAAUUGUAAAAGUUAUCCCUGUUUGCGUGGAGCCCGUUUCUCCAGAAGUCCCUUGCGGUGAUCAUCACAAGCCCUUGGAGAUUGUAGAGAAACUAGAUUUAUUAAUAGAUAAUCUUGUUCCUAAUCGAAGCUUUUUUUUCAAAAUUAACAAUAUGGCGGUUUUAGGAAAUAUUUUUCCAGAUUUUCAAGAAAAAACCGAUAAUUAAGUAUUUAAAAAAAAUCGAUCGAAAUCCUUCGAUCAGGCACGAGUUUUUUAAGAUUUUCAAAAGCAGUAUAAAUUAUAUUGAAAUCUACCAAGCGGAUUUUAAGUUACAGUGAUGACCGAACGCUCCAGAGCGUCCGCGCGCCCUUUGUUAAUUGUUGAAUAAGUCGAAAAGUAUUUGUCAGAUUAACUUCAAAUUUUCACACAAUAUUUUUAAGAAAUUAUUAUUUAAGAAAAGGCAAAAAAGUCCAAUUUUUUGAAAAUUCUGACUACCCCGAACCCCUUAAUUUAAGGAUGAGUGCCAAUCGUACUCGACUAGAAUAAAUGAAAGUUUUUCACAUCUCACUUAGCUUUCGAGUUAUCGAAAUUAAAAUAAAAUGUAAACUGUGUUCAUGUCCGCAGUAUUUAAAAAAAAUAAGCAAUUACAUUUCUGAGUCCAACGGCCUUAUCGCCCUUAAGUUUACAAUAUUUUUUGUAUUUAUAGGUAUACUUAACUUUUUUUAUGAAGAUACUUUUGCUACCAUCUGGCAUUACGUCUUGUAAACAAAUUUGUUAUGAAAUGCUCUUAAUUUCAGUAUUCCGAAAAAUAAGUGGCUAUUGAAAACCUUAAUUAGUAGGUUCUAUAAUAAAAUAUUAAAAAAUAUUUUUUCCAUAUUUCGGAUACCAAAAAAAUUAGUUACAGAUUUCUGAAAUUUAAAAACCAAAAAAAUAUAUUUUUUUUUAUUUUGUCUUUUUUCGGUAAUUGAUAUAUG